GCAGUGGCCGCGCCGCUGUCGCCAGGCGUCGUCCCCCUGCGCCGCUCCGCCCGGUGGCCGGCUGAGGCUGCGGCCCCGGGCUCUGCGGCUCCGGCUCCGGCUUCGGCUCCUUCCGCGGCGAAGCCGUGUGCCGCCGCAGCCAUGUCCCGAAAGCAAGCGGCGAAGAGCCGGCCGGGCAGCGGCGGCCGCAGAGCCGAGGCGGAGCGUAAGCGGGACGAGCGGGCGGCGCGCCGGGCGCUGGCCAAGGAGCGGCGGAACCGGCCCGAUCCUGGCGGCAGCGGCUGCGAAGAAGAGUUUGUGAGCUUCGCCAACCAACUGCAGGCCCUGGGGCUGAAGCUGCGGGAGGUGCCGGGGGACGGCAAUUGCCUGUUCCGGGCUCUGGGCGACCAGUUGGAGGGCCACUCUCGGAACCAUCUCAAGCAUCGCCAGGAGACCGUGGACUACAUGAUAAGGCAGCGGGAGGACUUUGAGCCCUUCGUGGAAGAUGACAUUCCCUUUGAGAAGCACGUGGCCAGUUUGUCAAAGCCUGGUACUUUUGCUGGCAAUGAUGCAAUUGUAGCCUUUGCAAGAAACCAUCAAUUGAAUGUGGUGAUCCAUCAGCUUAAUGCCCCUUUGUGGCAGAUUCGAGGCACGGACAAAGGCAGCACGAGGGAGCUCCACAUCGCCUACCGCUACGGUGAACACUAUGACAGCGUCCGGAGGAUCAAUGACAACUCGGAAGCGCCAGCUCAUCUCCUAACCGACGUGAGUGAAGCCCAGCUCCUCCUGCUUUCAGGCCUGCAGGAGACAGGGGCAGAGCUGUGUCCUCAGCUAAGUCCCAGCGGCCCGCUGUUGUCACUGCCUCUCAGGGAGCCGGCGAUCCAAUCGAUUGCUAAAGCAGUGCAGUUCCAGAUGCUUCAUCAAGACGGAGCAAAUAAAAAAGAGAAGAUGAAGACAAAAGGGGUGGACGUUAAAGAUGGCCUGAGAGAUGACGUGGAAGAUGCUGUCCACAAAGUUGGCAGUGCAACUGGAUGCACGGAUUUUAAUUUAAUAGUCCAGAACCUGGAAGCUGAAAAUUACAACAUUAAGUCUGCAAUAACUGCCCUGCUUCAGGUGAACCAGGGGACAGGAAACGAUGCGGAGGAGAACCAUGAGCCUGGUGACAGAGUGAAGCAGCGGGGCCCUUCACGUGAGGAGGCAGGCAGCGGCCGUAGACUCUCUGGAAAUCAGGGCAGAAAUGAAGGCAGGAUGGAGACCAGUGAGGCUCGGGCCAGCCCUGCUGAAGAGAGCAAAGCACACAAGAGCCAGCUCCCAAAGGUCACAAACAAGCAGCGGCGGGAACAACAGCGGCUGGAGAAGAAGAAACGCCAGGAGGAGAGGCACCGCCUCAAAGCCCUGGAGAACAGAAACGGCAGCAGGGACACGGGCAGAAGCGAGGCAGACAUGAAUACGCAGGUCACCUUGGUGAAGACCUUCGCUGCUCUGAACAUCUGACUCUCGGGCCCUGAGAGGUGAAGGAUGUACCUACGCUGCAGACAAGGCUUCCCAGCCACACCUCCUCCGAGGAUGAGACAACUCUCAGCGCCCACACAGGAGCCCACAGGAGCCAGUGUCCUUCAAGCUGUUUUGUUGUGUGACGGUGUGGUGACACCAUUCACCUCCUAGAACUCAAAACACUGAGCCAUAGGCUGGUCACAGAGCGGGGCCAUAGGCCAGUCACGGGGCAGGGGCUUUGUGUGCCCUGUGGGUCAGAGUGUGGUGGGUCUAGGCUCUUCCUGGAUGCAUGGGGUGGGUUCCUUGUACCGAUUCUUGAAGUCGCUCAGCACAAUCAUUAGAGACCUUCAGUGACAAUGCCCUCUGUUUCUCUCUCAUUUCCAAGCAGGAUGAGCGUCUUGGUUUCUCAGCUCAGGAGUGUGUUGGGGUUUGAUUGCUUCUGAUACGGGUCACCCGGACACAUCAGUGGUAGGACAGGACCAGUAGCUCCCAGCAGCCAGGGAGGCCAAGGCCAUCUCCUUCCUCCUGUCUCUGGUUCCUUUCAGAGAGUGUGGGUGCCCCUCCCCUCUCACCAUGUGGUGCAUGUGCCUGGCUAUGGGUGAGAGCUGGGUUUGCCGGGAGCUGCACAGUGCAGGGGACUUUAGGACAGUGAGGAGAAGGGGUGGCAUUGCUAUGGCUCAUCUCUGAGCUCAGAAAUACAGGCUGGGUCUAUAUGCAGGCGGGGCUGGGGCUCUUGGGUUCUCCUUGGAACAAUCUAAAGACAGCAGUCUACAGGAGUAAGGGUUCCAUGCUUGAAUUUUAAGUCACUGUAUUUUUCUUUUUGCUAUGCUAGACUCAGAAAGACGCCUACAGAGAAAUGACUGGUUGUUUGCUCUUACAGGUUGUAAACUUUCUUAACAUGAAAACGGAAUGAAGUCCCAUAACAUAGAUUGGCAUGCUGGCUAUAAGCCAAGCCUGUAACCCCGGCACUGACGCAGAGGCAGGAAGCCUGGGCUACGUGCUGAGUUCCAGGCUAGCUAGGGAAGGUCCCGUUUCACUCCCCACAUAUGAGGGGGGGGGGAAUGUUACAAACAGGUUUGUUUUAAGGUAAACCUUAUUUGGGAUUUCAGUACUGGGGAAAGUAUAGCAGUGGCUGGCGAGGCUGCCUGUGGCUAAGCUAGAUGGCAGGGUUGAGGGCCUGAGAGGACCUGCCCCGCCGGAGGUGCCAUUCCACAGACUAGGUUAUGUGGACAUUAAACUGUCACGUGUCGUGUGAACAACGACGACUAAGUCAGUGCCCUCCGGGAAUCUAGUAUUUGAACUAGUCCUGUAUACUGGGUCAAAAGAUAAAUGAUUUCUUCUCACUAAAGGCAAAACAGAAAUUACAAAAGCAUCUAGAUGUAGACGCCGCUGUCUGGGCAGGUCUCAGGGAGGCCCGUCGACUGAUCAGCAGGCUGCUAGCUUCUUCAGGGUAAGGAUGGCCUCUGAUUGUCCGUUUGUUCAGCUUUGGAACUCUGUGUUUGGAACACCCAAAGUCUCCUGGACUCCCCCAGGACGCUGCGUUGUUCCUGCCUACAGUAUAGGACAUUGCAACGCUGUGCAGAUUUGUAGAUGGCAUGGUCAGUCCCAACAAGUAAGGGAGGGUGGUGGCCGCUGUGCUCUGAGGGAUGGGAGCCAGUGUUUCCUGGGGUCACCCGGGCAGGGUCUGAAUGAAAGCUCUCUGCUCCCAGCUUUGUACUGCCUGACGUCAGAACGCCAGGUCCUCGCUGAAAGGUCAGGGCUGUUACCAAAACCUCAGGAUUGGAAGUCCACAGUGGCAGGCCUGGGUAGCGUGCUCGCUGGUGGAGUGCUUGUCUAGAGUGUGGGAAGCCUGGGUUCCGUCCCCAGCACUUUAAAAUCCAAGCUGUGGGCAGCUCUCAGCAGCCCGAGUGGUGCCUUCUCCGAGCUGCUGUGCUGUGUGCCUGGCAGAGGAAGCUGCCUUGGGUUUCCUGGGUAUCAGAGUCAUCAAAGAGCGCCUCUCUUUACAAAUUUGCAUUUAGUUCUGGGUUACUGGCAGUAGCCUCUGCUUUCUGGAACACAGUAGCACUUACUUCAAAACAAGUUUGUCUUGUCACCGUCCAGCUUUCCAGUUUCAGUUGGUUGACUUAGUGUGCUGAUUAUUGGAAAUGGGGUCCCUGCUACCAGCUCAGGCUCAGAAUGUGGGUUCCACUACCUCAGUCUCUCAGAGGGAAAGGUAGAGGGUGGUCUGUCGCAUCACCACAUUAGUGGGUACCUGACAGUUACCUCAUUGGCAGCCAAGGUGAGGCCCAGUGCGUUGAGCUUUGGGACAAUGAUGGUUGGCACUGUUCCUCCAGUCUCAGAGAAGCUGUCCUGGGAAGGGAACCUGUCAGCCUCCUGGCUGUGUCCCGGCUGCUACCCGAGAAUGUCAUGGUAGCUCACAAGGUGGCCACAAAGAAAAGCCAUGGUGCUUCGUAGCAGCUCCCAGGCCUUGAUACUGUGUAGGGAGGUUUGCUAGGUUUUCAGAAUAAUUUAAGGUUAAAGUUAAAGAAAAAAUUGAUGGCAGCACGUUUGUAUUGUAGGGAGAUGAGUUAGCACAGGCUAGACUUGUAGAUAGCGCAGCCCACCAGGAGUUAUCACCGGGGAUACAGACCUUCCUUCAGUUCUCAGCAAGAACAUCUACCUUGGAGUGACGUGUGGCCAGGGACUGUGGUAACAAGAAGCAGCUUUGGGGGUGUAUCAGCUUGCAUGUGGUUUCUUCCAUAAGCUCUGAGAACACCUCGGACCAUAUCGGGAUUGUGAAAGUGAAGAGGGCUGACCUGGCAGGGCACCUGGGGUGGGGAUCAGUGGGGAACCUUCCUGUAGCUCUGGCACAGUUCCCACUUCCCUGGGGAACGGAGCAAUAUGUCCUUCGGUGGCAGGGCUGGAGGCAGUGGCUCAGGUUACCAGGUGGUGUCAGGUGGACUUGGCCUGUGCACUGCGGCCCAGAGUGAGCUCCCCCCCCCCCCCAGUCUCUCAUGUUCUGAGGAAUUACUGUCUGCCUGGGUUUUACCAGGAUAACAUAGAGUGCCCUUAUUUUACCUCUGAAACAAUCAGCUCGGGCAUCCAGCUGGGUAGAGGAAACCCGAAUCCCCAGGCAGAGGGUGUGAGCAAAGCCAGGAGGCACCUCCCAGAGCCGUGGCCUUCAUGGCCCUCCUGGACCCGUCUCCAGCCCCAGCAUCAGCUUCUUACCUCUAGGCCCAGGUCAGGUGCAGGGCUUCAGUUGUCUCUCUCAGGUUGGGGAGUGCUCACACAGUGCUGUCCCGAGCAGACCAGACCCAGAGGCACCGUCCUUGUUGUUGUUGUUGUUGUUUCUCUGUGUAGCCCUGUCUGUCCUGGAACUCGCUCUGUAGACCAGGCUAUCCUCAAACUCAGAGAUCCGCCUGCCUCUGCCUCUUGUGAGCGCCAGGAUCAAAGGUGUGCAUGGGUUACCACGCCUGGCCCCAAGAGGCACUUUGACAGGAACGUCCCCCACGUCCUUACACGUCCGCUGUUCCACCACCAUCCUUGUGUGUGCUAAGGUUCUAACAGUUGACUGCUGGGCCCAGUUGGUGGUUUCUGCUGAGGGGAGGAAGGGAGGGAGGGAGGGAGAGAGGCAACCAGUGUCCCUUUGUUGUAAGUGGGAGCGCAAUGUGUGACUCCCUGCACUUUGAGGCUGGGCUCAGAGAGCUCUGUCCCAGGUCAAGUUCUGACAGUUCAUUCAGUCUGUUUCUCUCUAGAGUCUCAGUUCAGUAAGUCAGUUGAAAUGGUGACUCUCCUCACAGUUACUGGAGAAGGCUGGUAGCCGUGCGGAGGAUGCUGUCCCUGCAUACAGUUGCACACUUGCACAAUGAGUUUAUGGUAAGCGGGGCGUACCUGCAGGCCAGGGCUCCUUUGCUGCGUCCCGAACAUAGGAGGAACCUUUGGGUCUGGCUCUGAGCCUGCACAUGAGCAUCCUGCAGGCCCCUGUUUCAGCACCAGGGCAGUCACUGAAGUUCUUCAGCCCUCUGACAGAGCUCUGUUGAAACCUGAGCCCUGCUGAGGUGGGGCUCUUCUUGUCUUCCUGUUCUUGGGGGCUCAUUUUUUCCAUAGCGGCCUCCCUACCAGCAUCCCUUACUAGCACUAAGCUCAGGGAAGGGAGACGAGCCUGCAGUCAGGCUCAGCACCCCACACCCCGCUCCCUUCCUGGUCACAGGGAUGGAUGGAUGGAUGGAUGGAUGGAUGGAUGGAUGGAUGGAUGGAUGGAUGGAUGGAUGGAUGGAUGGAUGGAGUGAGUGCCCAUCCCCCCAGGAAGAGGGCCAGUGUGUCUGCCUUCUCUCUUUUCCUAAUUGCACUAUGCUUGUUCUGGCUUCAGUCUAGAGGUGUCUGAGGUCUCCAUGGGAUCAUGACCCUUAGACUCAGCAAGUCUGCCUUAGCUCUAGAGCGUAGUGGUGAGGAAUCACCAUUUCCUGGUGUCUCGAGCCCAUUUCCCUCAGGCCAUCUCUCUCCACAGCGUGCGUUCAUCUGAAUCAUUUACUCUUUAUUUUCUGAAGUACUGUACUUGGCUAUCUGCACUGUUUUAAGAACCAAAUGUUUUUGUGUUUUUAAUCCUCAACACUUGGUGCAAUAGAAGCCGCAAAGACGUGCCACUUUAUCUCUGGAACUGAUUUUGUAUACCAAUAAAUUCUAGUUUAAAAGCAAA